AUGCCGCCGCGACAGCAAGAGCAGGUCAUGAACGAUGUCGUUGACUUUCAGUCGACCCAGGAGAUGGGGAUCGUGCGUGAGGUGGCGCGGAGGAUGGUGAUGGCGGCGUGA